AUGCGCCAUUGGCUCCUCCUUUACCUCCUUCUAUCCAUCAACGCUGCUGCUUUCGUUCGCUUCCAGACAAGUUCAUCGAUUUCGUUCCCCAAAGCGGGCCUUCCGUACACGGAUAUACGCGCCAAAUCGCUGCUAGACGAUCCAAUUCUGCUUGCGCCUUCUCCAGAGCCUGGUAAGGAAAAUGAAGUGAUAGUAUCGGAUAGUCCGGCAUUCGGACUUCAGCGUACGCUGUACACUCAUCGUCGCAAACUACGUGCAAAGGCACCCUCUUUCGACCCAGGGGACUGUGUCUAUUUGGCGUCUGGCCCUUAUCGCAACGCCAGGGGCACUGUGCUUUCCACCUUUCGUCGAGCACCUGGAGAGCCUUAUCUGGUGAGUGUGGUGUUGGACUGCCGUAACGAGCGCGGUAUUGUACGUGGACCCCUGUCCGGCUACCACGGCACCAGUGUGACCGUGCGUGAGUCGCAGCUGAUAGCUCGGCCGCUGUUCACACCGUAUGCACCUCCACCGCUGUCGAGCGAGGAGAACCAUGGCCUCGACCGUCGGGGUGGGAGCCGUAAUGGCGGCACCAGCAAGCCCCUCAAAUCCGUUUUGCUUGCGCGUGUUUUCAACUGCGUGCGCAUCUCCGAGUUGAAAUGGAUUUUUGACCGCAUGCGCCGCAAUGGUGUCCAAGGAGCUUUGCCCUACCAGGCAGUGGCCAUCCAGAUAGCACGCGGUUUUAAUGCGCCUCAAGACGACGUCGACACAGUUGCGCUAGUGACGGAUGUACUUGAGCGGAUUCGCCUUGAGUUGGAGAAGGGUUAUACAGAAGAAGACAGACCUAGCAUCCCCUGGCUCGCAUGGGCAUUGGGUGUGUUGCGGAACAGAGGUAUGUUGAAAGAUGACUCUCUUCUCAGCCCGAUUUACAAAUUUAUUCGGGAUGUCGUAAUAUCAGGUAAACUAUCUGACUUGACUCAGGGCGAGAUUGCGCUUAUGGCAAGCGGCUUCCGACAAUGUUUCCGAUAUCGCAAUGACGUGUUGCACCGUUUGGCGAUGAUAUAUUCUUAUGUGCCGGCAAAGGGCGUCAUUCCGCGUUAUGCCACCUCUCUGGCUGCGUCUCUCGCUCAUGCACGUCAGGUUCACCCCGCAUUUAGUCGUCUGAUGUACGAGGUGGUGAAGGAGGAGCACGCGCUGCUGUCUCCAUCUGGUGCCGUUUACAUGCUUGAGUAUCUGUAUAACGACCCCGCUACUCCUCAGGAAGUCAAGGAUGUGUUGCUGGCUUGUUGCAGCGUCGCCGAGUUUCUGAAGCCCAACUCCACCCCGUAUGGACCAUCUCACAGCCUUGCUUUGCGCCUGGCAUGGUUAUCUGAGCGCGAAAUGUCUGAAUUACUACAUGCUCUUCGGACAGGUGAAUGCGAAAUGCCGCCUUCGGUAGCGGCCAGCGCCUUGCUAAACCCACGUUGCCGGGUCCCCAAUCAUGAACUGACUCGUCUUCUGUUGGUUCGUGCUUCGCGCAUAUUCGGCACAUUGUCCGUAAAAGCGCACAAAGCUCUGCUCACAGCUGCUCGCCGGAUGAAGGAAUGCCCGCGAGAGGUUUUUGACGCCCUGGAUCGCUAUUUAAGCGGAUUGGAUGCUGACCGGGUUUUAGACGCCACUACUGCACAGUCAUUGGCACAGUUCCUGCCAAGCAUUCCGGAUUCGCGUCCAGAAAGUCAGCGGUUGGUGUUGGAACACAUCGAGCGUUUCAUUACCUUCACGUUGACCAUUCUUCGGGAGAAGGCAAUAGACGUGAAGCAGCGCAAAUCGGUGAUGGCUAAGGCUACCACAUGUCUACAAUACAUCCCCAUGUUGGGUUUCGAGUUGGACUCCUUAGCACGGAAGUCCGCCGAACUGCUACGAAAUGGUUUACCUUUCGCAUACGAUAGGCUCAGCGUGCUGUUGGGCAUUAUGGCUGUACAAUCUAUCUCGCCCAGUUAUUUCAACGCAGCUUCCGAUGCUGCGCGGGCGUUGAUAGCUGACUCCUCGGUAGCUUUGCCGCCGGAUGUUGCGCCUUUGGCGGAGCUGCUGCUGAUUUUGAGGAUGGAAGCCGAAGGUUCUAAAAAGCUUGAAAGCGAUCUCAUGCAUUUGAGAUUGCCCGAACUACCGCCAGCCUCUACUAAGAAAGCCGUAAAACCACUGCCUCAUCGUGAUGUAAGGGACUUUUCCGUCCUGUUCGCUCUUUUGGUACGUUCGCGACUGUGUGAAGAUUGGGGCGGUGUAUUGGCCACCGCUUAUGUGUUUGCCGAGGACAACAUCGAGGCGUUAUCCAGUGCGGACUUGCUGCUUCUGCGUGAUUCAUUAGUUUCACUUGGUGCGUUUGACGCGAAGUGGGAAGGUUUAAUAGCUUCUGUGGCUAAGGGAAUAGACGCCGUAAUUUAG